CUGAGAAGCGGCCCGCACAGGGCCGGAAGUGGAAGCGCAGGACGGAACUGAAGGAGGAAGCGGGCUCCAGGGAGCUGGUGUAGCUUUUCCUCUCGGUGGACGCCUUGGGCCGCUGGGAGGGGCGAUGUAGUGUGGACACAAUGGGCUUCGGCCGUAUUGAGAAGGAGCUCUGACCGCCAGCGUCCUCGGCAGGGAGUCCCGGACUCCUGCUUCCUCCCGGAGGCCUCAGGCCCCUUCCGUAGCCCAGAGAUGAAUCCCGAGCUCUUGCACUUCACAGCUCUGGAGGUGCUUUUUGUUCUCCCAGAGUGAGGCGGGGCGGACAGAGCUACUGUUAGCCUGCGGGUGGAGGCCCGGGACGCUAUGUUGGGUCCUGUCGAGCUAGGCGCAAGCAGUGCAAAUUAGCGGUAGUGCUGGGCGUGGAAAUCCUUCAGCUCUGUGAAGCUCAGUCCUGUCACUUUUAGGAACUCUAAGCGACAAGGCAGGUUUACAGUCCAUGGAGUCACUGGGAGAUCGCUCUCCAGUCAAAUAAGUUGCGCAAUCAAAUAGACACAUCACUUCAUCUUCUGCCUGCCCUUUUGAGCUUGCGCCUGCAUAGAGAUCAGUUAAAAAAAAUCGUUCAAACAGAUUUGUGUUGAAACCUCAGUGUGGGGUUGAAAACGCCUCAGUGAACACCUGCCUUCAUUCAUCUAUGAAUUUCAUGUAACCAGAUGAAUAUGAUGUAGAAUGUGAAGCAAUGGAGUUCCAGCCGACCCUGCAGUAUGGAACUUCUAUAGGGCUUUUCUUUUGCUAGUAACAGGUUGUAACUCUAAGGUUGCAACCACUUAAGAAUGAGGGUUAUCUGAAGAAGCUGUAUCAAUGUUUGAUGGGUUUACAUUCAAGGGAUGAAUACUAAGAUUGAAGAUAAUUUCUGUCAGUACCUACAGAUGUUUUCAGACAACCUGCCAUGCAGGACAGAGGUCCAGUGUGGGAUGUACGUGUUAAGAAGGCUAAGAUGGGCAAGCUGAAAGGGGCUCAUCCUCAACACCCCUGGGAAGGAGAGUGGCUGGGGAGACUUCCUAUCUUCUGUUGAUGCCAGGGUGCUGCCCUUGGUGUCUGUGGGAGGCAGAAGUAUAUCUGACCCAUCUACGGCAUCGUGUUCAGGAACUCUGGUGUUGGAGUCGGGAUGGCAGCAGCUGCCAUUCCUCUCAUACAUGUUCAGUCUUCUCUGUACCCACUCUCUCCCGAGAAAGGACACACAGGGAAAAGGGGGCUGGCCAAUGAGUUCUUGACAAACUUGAUACAGGAGCUGGUGUCCUUCGAAGAUGUGACUGUGCAGUUCACAGAGGAGGAGUGGGCUUUGCUGGAUCCUUUGCAAAGAACUCUGUACAGGAAGGUAAUGCUGGAAAACUGGAAGAACCUGGUUUCACUUGGGCAUCACCUUGAUAAACCAAAUCUGAUAUCCCAGUUGGAGCAAGAAGACAAGGCUAUAAUAGAGGAGAGAGGAAGUAUUCCUGGCAUCUGUCCAGAUUUGGAGACUGUACUUAAAGCCAAAUGGCUAACUCCUAAGGAGCAUGUCUUUAGCAAAGAAGAUGCUAAUGGUGGGAAAACAGUCAAAUUGGAGGAAAGAGAUCAUCAUGGAAUGAAAAUCAAUGAAUGCAACCAAUGUUUUAAAGUCUUCAGCACGAAAUCUAACCUUACUCAGCACAAGAGAAUUCAUACUGGAGAAAAACCCUAUGACUGCAGUCAGUGUGGAAAAUCCUUCCGCAGUAAAUCUUAUCUUACUGUUCAUAGAAGAAUCCAUAAUGGGGAGAAACCAUUUGAAUGCAAUCACUGUGGAAAAGCAUUUAGUGAUCCCUCAUCCCUCAGACUUCACGUAAGAAUUCACACUGGGGAAAAGCCCUAUGAAUGUAACCAGUGUUUUCAUGUUUUUCGUACCAGCUGUAACCUCAAAAGCCACAAGAGAAUUCACACAGGGGGUGAGAAUCACCAUGAAUGUACUCAGUGUGGAAAGGCCUUCAGUACAAGGUCCUCUCUCACUGGACAUAAUAGCAUUCAUACUGGAGAGAAACCCUUUGAGUGCCAGGAUUGUGGGAAAACCUUCAGGAAGAGCUCGUACCUAACCCAGCACUUAAGAACUCACACUGGAGAGAAGCCCUAUGAAUGUAGUGAGUGUGGGAAGUGCUUCAGCAGUAGCUUUUCUCUGACUGUACACAAGAGAAUACAUACUGGAGAAAAACCCUAUGAAUGCAGUCACUGUGGGAAAGCUUUUAAUAAUCUCUCAGCUGUGAAGAAGCACUUAAUGACUCAUACUGGGCAAAAACCCUAUGGAUGUAACCAUUGUGGAAAAUCUUUCACCAGUAACUCCUACCUCUCUGUGCACAAAAGAGUACAUAACAGGUGGAUAUGAAUUGUGAUGAGAAAUUACUGAGAGAAAGCUUUGUUGAUCUAAGAUAACUCGAGAGAAUUUACAUCUGGUGUACAUGUUAUCUAUUGGUGUAUAAACUCACCCAAAUUUUGUGGCUUUAAACAAAUACCUCACACUUUAUAGGUCAGGGAUAUGAGAACACUUUAGUUGUGUAAUUCUUCCUCAGGACUUCUCAUGAGCUUGCAUUCAAGACAUCAAACAGAGCUGCAUCUUCUAAAGUUGUCAUUGAAGGAACCACUUCUUGGAUGCCUCACUUUCACAUGCCUAGGAACUUACUACUGGUUCACUGACUCACCAUGUAGGCCUCUCCACAUGAUUACAUAUCUUUAUAAUAUGGCAAAAGAACAAUCCCUCCCCAAAGUGUUCCAAGAGAAACCAAUUAAAAAACGAAAUAUGACCUGGCCUCCAAAAGGUAUAUUUUCACUUCUUCUCUAUUGUAUUCGUCGAACACAGACUUACCUUGAUACAGUGUGGGAGAAAACUACAGAAUAUCUGAGGGUCAGGAGACAGCUCUCUGAGGACCCUCUGAGAAACUUGCCAUGAAAUUAAUGAAGUUUUCAAUAGACCUUAAUCCUUUUAAUCAGUGUGAAAUGACAUUUGGUAAAUUGUUAAAUCUUUCUGCAAAGACACCUGUGUGAUAAAGCUUUUUAGUUCACUUAUAAUGUGUCCCAAAGAUUAUGUGUUGGAAAAAAACUGGUAAGUAGAAUGCUGGUCAUGUGAUAAUGGUCUUCAGUGAUGUCAGUCCUUACAGUCUUUCUUGUGGGAAAUCACACCACUGAAAAACAAAAAAAAAUUCAGAAAACUGUAUAGCAAAGUGUUCACAUUACUGACCACAGAUAAUGAAGUGCUCUGCUGUGAUAGUGGGGAAUCUUUGACUCUUUUCCUUUCUUAAAGAGGUAUGAAAAUGCUUUCUGAUAAGCCCCCUUGAGUAUCAGAGGCAUUGACAAGUGUUUGAGGAUUCCUGUGAUGCAGGAAUAAAUUGGCAAUAAUUCUUCUAAGCACAUAAAUUAGAGAGACACCUUAGGAAAGUGAAGUAAUACAUGUCAGGAUGCUCCAGCAUCAGUUGUCUGCUGAGUGACUGUAAUAAUUUAUACAGGAAAUGAAAUGGAUGAGUGUGGGGAUACCUCCACCAGUAGGUAGUAUCUGUAGGUUCAGUUACCAGUUUAUUAAUUUUCAAUCUUUGUUUUAUAGACAUGUAUAUUUAUAUGUAUAACCCCACCACAAAAAAACAGCCCUUCACUUUUCCAAAAUUUCAGUGUAUUGUAUUUAUAGCUUCUCUUCUGAAGGGCUGGGUAUGGUGGCACACACUAGUAAUCCUAGCACUCAGGAGGUUGACAAGGUGGAUUGUGAAUUUGAUGCAAGCUGGAACUGGCUAACAUAGUAUUUUUGUCAAGAGUAUAAGACUUUUUGAUAUUGAUCUUUUUUCUUCUUUUCUGUCCUGCAAGUACCUAGUGUCCAUUUUGUCCUGCUUAGGGCCAACAAGAUGGCUCACUGGGUGAAGGUGCUUGCCACCAGACCUGAUCACCUGAGUUCAGUCCCCAGAACCCAGACAGUGAAAGUAGACAACGGACUCUGACAUCCACACACGUCAGCCCAACAACAAAAUCAAUAUUUUUUUAAAUCUGCAAGUGUAUUAAAAUAAUAUGCCAGGAUUCCUUGAAGCCUCAAGACUGGCACCAUGAAAUUUGGAGGCCGAAGGAAAAGCCUGACUUCUCAUUUAUUUUCUAUUCCUCUCAUACUUUCUCUUGGCAAAUGGCUGUAUGAUCUGGAGUGAGAAUUGUUUUCUCUUGUUUUGAUCUUGAUGUCGUAAGCAGUGGAACAGUAACAAUGAUUUAUUUUCCUCAAAAACCUCUGACUGAGUACAUUAGUUCUAGAUUCCUUUUUUUUUUUUUAAUUCAUGCUUUGAUUAAAAGUAACCCCUUGCUGGUUGAAGCCAACAUGAUUUGCUGUUUGUUUUUGAAGCAAUGUUAAGUUCCAUCUUAAUGCAUGUCUAACUGGUAAACCUGUUUGUCAAAUAAUAUCCACGGUUCUUUGAAAGUAAUAUAUAUUCUCUUACAUGUUGAUAUAGGGUAUAUGCACGUUAACACAUUCAAUGUUAACGGUAUGUACAAAUUGUUUUCUUUUAAAAUAAUUUUGUAGUAGAGCCAUGGUAGUCUUCCAUUGUGAUUAUGAAUUAACAUUCUUAGAAGUUUGUCAUUUUUUUUUCUAUUUAUUCUGAAGUUCUGUAACUAGGUGCUUACAAGAUUGGGUGCUUUUUUUCUGUGAAGUGUUCCUUUUUAUAGGGACUACAUCUUUUCAUAACAAAGGACCAUAAUGCAUUGAUAAUAAAUGGUCAGACACUAUGUAGUGCUUCUCAUAGACAAGCAGAAAUACCUCAUAAGUAACUAUUGAGUACUCUAAAUAAACAUCAAUGUGUUCUGUUAUUA